AGGCUACGUGCGUCCCUCUCCAUGCCACGACUCGCUGUUUCUUUCCAUCUUGUGAAGCGGCGAAUCAGUGAGGCAGCACCACUGUAUAGUGUUGACAGUAGGACUACAAGGAGUUAUUCACCUUUUAAUUGUUCGUGUCUGUCUGCUACGAGACUACGCCGAAGCUGUUCAGGCGCUCUGCCUGCAGACUAAGCGGGAUCUCGCGAGAGUGGUGGCGUGGCUGGCUGACUGUGGGGUUGCAGUAGACAGAGGGAGAAGGCAGGCAGGCAGCAUCAUGGCGGACAGAGACAGUGGAAGUGAGCAGGGAGGAGCAGCCACGGGCCCGGGCGUCGGUUCCAUGCACCCAGUGACAGGAGGGGCGGGCUCGGCUUCCGGGCUGCAGCACGAGACGCAAGAGCUGGCGUCGAAACGGGUUGACAUUCAAAACAAACGUUUCUACCUGGACGUGAAGCAGAACGCAAAAGGCCGCUUCUUGAAGAUAGCCGAAGUCGGGGCCGGGGGAAACAAGAGCCGCCUCACUCUCUCCAUGUCAGUGGCAGUAGAGUUCCGUGACUACUUAGGGGACUUCAUCGAACAUUAUGCCCAAUUAGGUCCUAGCAAUCCGGAUAUCGCACAGGAUGAGCCGAGGCGAGCACUUAAAAGCGAAUUCUUGGUUCGGGAGAAUCGGAAGUACUACAUGGAUCUGAAAGAGAACCAGAGAGGCCGGUUUCUGAGGAUUCGACAGACCGUGAACCGGGGGCCCGGUUUGGGAUCCACGCAAGGCCAGACGAUUGCUCUUCCUGCCCAGGGACUUAUUGAGUUUCGUGACGCUUUGGCUAAACUCAUUGACGACUACGGAGUAGAUGACGAACCUGCGGAGUUGCCCGAAGGGACCUCCUUGACAGUGGACAACAAACGCUUUUUCUUCGACGUGGGCUCCAAUAAGUACGGAGUGUUCAUGAGGGUAAGUGAGGUGAAGCCAACAUACCGCAACUCUAUCACGGUGCCCUACAAAGUGUGGUCCAAGUUUGGGAAUACGUUCUGUAAAUACGCGGAGGAGAUGAAGAAGAUCCAAGAGAAACAGCGGGAGAAAAGGGCAUGUGAGAUGCAACAGCAAGAGGAGACGCAUGCUGAUGAUGCGGACGAGGAUUGAUAUAGCGCAAAAACAUGCACACAAAAAAAGUCAUCAAAAUAACAAAAAGAGAAAUUAUAAUAAACUUUACUGUAAAAAGAAAGAGAUCUAAAGAUUUAACUGUAAUUGUUUAACUCCAAGGGAGCACCACCCACAAAAAAGAAACCUACACAAACUGACAGUUAUGACAUGUUGUCACCCAUCGCUGGAUGUUACCCACUUACCCACCAUUAAUACAGUAAGCGGCUGCUAAACAAAGUAAUAACAUUAUAUAUGAACCGUGUUUCCUACUUGAUGACAGACGAUAAAGAACUGAGUGUUUAUUUCCCUUAUUAACCAAUAACUUUUGUACACGUUAAAGCUAUUAUAAAAAGUGUUUGCAAUUUUCAAAUGGAAUUAUUGCCGAGUUAUAGAAAGUCCUUUUCAUGUGAGCUAAUGACUUCAGCACAAAUCAGAUAUUUUAGUUGUUUUUAUUUUUUAACCAAAAUGUAAAACCCUUUUUUUAACCUUUUUAAAGGGUUGUCAUUGUGUACUUGCCACCCUAUUUACCUUUACCUGUGAGUAGAGAUGUGUUUACCCAAAUCAUACAUGUAUGAGGGCUAGGCCUGCAUAGGAAUUUUGUUUCGAUGUCAUGCAGUCUGAAAAAGGUACAGAGGCAAUGUCAUGCAAGGGAAAAGUGGUCACUCUUUUGUGCAAUGCAUUGCAUCAAACUCGGAACACAUUGAACUGGUCAAUGGAACUCGACAUGAAUACCUUCAAAAGGAUUAUUACUGUUGUAACUUCUAUUUGAAAUUGAAAUUGUCGUCAUGCGGAUUGGUACACUAUAGACUACCUUUGUGUCUCGUUGUCAUGCGGUGUGUUUAAAAAAAUAUAUAUUUAAAAAAAAAUAAAAAAAAUAGGUACUUGUCUUAGAUUAAGUGCAGUGACAACAUGCAGCAAAUGACAUGACAAGUGCUCGAGAACAGCACAUUUGUAAUAUAGAGCACUCAACCCUGCUAGCACCGCCGAAUUGGCUUCAUGGUCUAUUGAGUGCUAAGACGAAAAAGUCAAGCAUGGUUUUGUGAUUCUGAAAUGUAUGUCAAUGUCAGCACUUAUGGAACAGAGGUUUUCUGUUUGGGGAAUUUGACUCACAAAAGGAACAGAAAAUAUCAGUCAACCAAUAGGAUGCCAAGGUGCCAAUGAGUGUUAUUGCCGCAUGUUUACCUGUACAACGCCGAAUGUUGGUUUUCCAACAUAGUGGCUCAAGGACCUCUCUCCAAGCUGGUUUUCAUCCCUGCCAAUGCUCAACUCUUUAACUUGAAUGCUGGUAUGACUCUGGAUAUCUCAUCGAGUUUUAUAAGCCAUGUCAGUUGUUUCCAAAGAAACUGACAAUAAUCAGACCAUGACAAAUUGACCUUAGUAUUCUGUGAAAAGAUCACUUGGCAGAUUGAAUGGAGUGAAAAGCAGCAGGCCUAACUGUCCUUGAGCCCCUCUGGUUGGAGCUACUGGUAUUACUGAUACCCAAAUGGGUGCGUCCUCUUCAACAUAUAAACAACCCGGUGCCUUACACACUCCGCAUGCUUACAUGCUGGCCUGGUGCUUUGGUUCAUGACUUGGAUUCUUUUGUCCCCCCAUGUAUCCCCCCCCCCCCCCCCCACCCAUGCCACAGCAUAACUCGUGGUGCUAAAGGGUUCGCUAAGAACCCUAACGUAAAAGUGGCAGAUUACUAAGCGUUUUCUGCGACCUUCCUCUCCCGUCCCCAAGCCGCCCAGGUAUCGGCCUACAUGUAAGCAUGGAAGGGGGUGGUCACCUAGAAGACGAUGUGGAGGAACCUGCUCUUCACAGGCCCAAGCCCGGUGAGGUGGUCGCGGAGAGCAGUGGCUGAUUGGAAACAUCACUGUGGACUGGAUUCAGAACGCUUGUUGGAGCCCCCCUUUGUGAUAUUUUCUGUGUGUAGUUCUACGACUUGGGCAGUAAUGUGUAAUUUGUAAGUUGCUAAAGACCUCAAUUACAGGGGAGUAGUAAGCAUGUCUUAUUUUGUUAUAGUUUUUAGUUUGAACUUUUCAAUGUUAUUCCACAUUAUUUGUAAUUUUGAAUGUUUUUUUCUGCUCACAGAGGAUAUUUUAUUUUUUAUUUUCAGUGCAACAUUUCAUUACUGUGUGCAAUAUCCUAUGUGCCAAUGGUGGCAAUAUAUGUAUAUCAAUUAAAUAUAUGAUUAAUAUUUGAAAGCA